UCCUAGUUUACAUCAUGUUCUGUGCUACUAUAGUGGUUUUCAGCUGCCUCUAUUCAUGUACCAGUGCUCAGCAGCUGACUCAGCCACCCUCAGUCUCUGUGUCAUCAGGGAGUACAGUCAGACUGCAGUGUACCUUGUCGUAUGGAUACAAAAGCAACAUUUUUAGAAUUAGGUUCUGCCAGCAGAAACCUGGCUCUGCUCCUCUCUUUCUGUACCACUUUUACAAUAGAAAUGACCAAGGCCGAGGUGCUGGGAGUCCUUCAAAAUUCUCUGUUACUGCCGACCACCCCAGAAACCUCUGGGAGUUGGUGAUCUCUGGGGUACAACCUGAAGAUGAGGCUGAUUAUUAUUGUAUGAUAUGGCGAGCAAACAGUAGAUUGCAUAUCUUUGGAGGUGGAACCCGACUGAACAUCCUAACAGGUGAAGUGAAGCCUCCUAAAGUAUCCAUAUUCCUACCUUCUGAAGAGCAGAUAACUAGUGACGAAACCACCCUCGUGUGCUUGCUGAGUGACUUCACCCCCAAAUCUGUUACUGUGAAAUGGUUGGUGGAUGGGCAAGAGCAGAAUGAAAGUGUGACAACCACAGAAGUUGGCAAGCAGAGUGAUAACCUGUAUAUGGAGAGCAGCUUCCUCACCAUGCCCACCUCUGAAUGGAAAACGCAUGAAUUAUAUGCCUGUAAAGUGACACAUGAGGGCAAGGACAUUGUCCAAACACUGAAAAGAUCAGAAUGUGCUUGACCAUUUUCACAAAACAUUGAUUAAAGUGUCUAUUCACUUCCUAUAUCAAAUUAAGAAAUGUGUGUACUAUAGAGGUCAUUUAUUGUCUGUUCUUCAUUAGCUUCCUCAGAGCUUCUUUCUUGAUUCACUGCCUCUUGUUAGAGUGAUGCAGGUUUAGAAUUAUCAUCAA